AUGAUCAAACACGGUGUAAAAGAAGAAGUUGAACGAGAUGAAGAAUUGAAGGAGUAUCUUGCAGUAUGCAAAAUGGAUGAAAACACAGUGGAAGAGGUGUUCAGCAAAUGGAGUCUGUUGGCGUCACUGAAUCCAGAACACCAGUUUGCCUGGAAUAUUCUGAAGCUGUUUAUGCUGAAAUUGGAGGGAGAGUUGAACUACAAAAUGGAUCAAAAAUAUUCCAAGUACAAGAAUCUGUUGGAAAAUGAUGAAUUGGAAGAUGUGAGUGAUUUCGAGAAGAAAUACGUCUUGAGUCAAGACAGUAUCACCAUAACUGGAAUUCAGAACAAUUGUAAGAGUUAUGCUGUAUGGAAUCAUAGAAAGUACAUUUACAGAUACAUAAACAAGGAGAGGGAUUACAAGCUGUGUAAGAGACUAUUUGAAAUGGAUCCAAGAAACUUUCAUUGUUGGAAUUAUUCAAGAAGCAAUGGAUACUCCUACGAAAUGGAUCUGAUGAAUCCAUCAUCACUCAAAUGCACCAACGUGUCCAAAAUGGUUGCAAUUGAUCCAGGAAACAGGGCGUAUUGGGAGUUGUUGCAGGUAAACGCGCUGAAAAAAGAGGCAUUUUACCUGAAAUUGCACCAGGAAUAUGCUAAAAUCAUCUUUAUGGAGCCAUUUAAGGGAAGAAUAGUCUUUGGAGAAAGAGAAGUUGCUGUGAAUUGGACCAAAUGUGUCAAAUUGGACUACAAUGGGCCGUUUAACCAGGAUACAAUUUUAGGUAAAAAAGAAGGUGAGGGAAGUAUGGCAGAAGCCACUCUAAAUCUGAAUCAAUAUUCAUUCAAGCAGAUUGAUGAGCCAUCAAUUGUAUCAAUGGUUCUUGAAUUGGAACCAUCAAAUUGCCAUGCACUGAAAACAAGAGCAUUCUUCAAGAAUGAUAGGUGUCUUAUUGCAGUAAUAAAAAGUUGA